GUGCCUUUGAAGUCUAAACAGUCUGGAUACGUUUUCACUCACUCGAGCUAUCAGAUAUUUGAAGGUACGUACUACGUAGGAGUAUAAUGUUGUUUUUAGGAGUCGGUUAAUAUUGUGUUUUGGAAUGUAGGUAUAAAUCGGUAAAAUUGUAUGUGUGAAGUAACCAUAUUUUUGUAUUUUUUGUUUACUUACAAACUUUGUUCGAUUGUGUUAUUCUAUAUCUAAUAGGUAAUUUAAUAGUUCUUGUUUAACCAAUAGUAUUAAACAUUUCAAAAUAUCAUCUGUGCACUAUACUUUUAUUAUGAAAAUAUAUAAUUAGAAAGUUAGAUGUUUUGGCAAUACAGGUACAGUUAUCUAAAAAUUAUAACAAAACAGUUAGACGGUAGGUAUACUUAUUUUAGUAUAACAAAUAAUUAAAAAUAGUUUACCUAAUUUCAAUAUAUUAUUAUUAUUUAUAACAACUCAAUAUUAUGUGGGAAUUUCUGAUUUUAACCAUAAUUUGUAUGUAUUAUUAGGUUAAGUUAUCAGUCGUUAUUUAUUAUAAAUUUGUAUUUUAAAAAUUAUAUGGAAGGUUUUUACAUUUUUUGCGCGAUUUACCUGAUGAUAUUAUUAUAUUAUAUUAACCGGGUAGGUACGUCCUAUCACGUAUUAGGAAUUAGGUCACAAUUCACAGGUGUGCAUUUUAUUGAUCUUUCAACCUAUCUAUAAGCUAUGGAAUGAGGAUAAUUAAGUACGUAGGUACAUAAUUUAUAAAUGACGUGCUGUCGUUUUCAGUGCUAAAUGUAUAGUCAAUUUUAACUGGAUUUAUUUUAUAUCGAUAAGUUUAUAUAUAUAUAUAUAGAUCCAAACACAUAUACCUACUUAGGAAAAACAAAUAUAACAAUUUAUGGUGUUCGGUAUACAUAGAGGCGUAAAUGGCAACAUUAAAUAUUAUAUUGCUAAAAGUAUAGGUUGAAAAUAUUCGUAAUUAUGUAGGUACAUCAAAAAUAUUGUUUUUGUCAUGAAUAAAAAAAAAAUUAGUUUAAAAAAGAAAGGUAAGAUAAAGGGGACGGGUGUAGCCACUGGUGUAGGUGGGAAGUUGGGAAGGUAAAAUACAAAUGGGAAAUUAAUGUAUAUUUGUAAGAAACGAUAAACCAUUGCUAACGAAAUAACGAUUCUGAGCGGAGUUCAAUUGAUAGUCAUGCUUGGUCAACAAUAAUUAUGCCAUAUUAUAGUAAAAUAAUUAAAUAGGCUCUUUAUAUUUUCUUUAAUAAUAUUUGUCUAAUGUUGUACCGUUUUCUCCGAUUUUCCUACAUUUUUACUAGUUUUAUCAUGUUUUCCACAAGUUAUUCACAUUUGUUGAGAAAACUCCAGAGUAAAUCAAAAAAUGACCACCAUAAAGUACUUCUCCACACCGAUUUACUUUCAGAAAAGAUGCUGCACUUAAGAAACUGAGCAAGUCUCUGGUAGAAAAAUUGCCCACAGAAAAAAAAUGGUAAUAUUAUACAAAUAUAUUUUGUACAUUUUCCCGUUUUUUUUCGGUUUUUCAAAUUUGAUAAGAAAACUCCUAAGUAAAUCGAAAAAUGACCUCCAUAAAGUACUUCCUCAGAUUUCCUUUCAGAAAAGGUGCUACACUUUUGAUUGAAGCGGUUUUCAUAAUAUCUUGGAAAACUCUGCACACAGAUAAAAAAAAUAUAAAAAUAAACAUCUCUGUAAAACCAUAAGCUUCUUUGCUCCACUCAAAAUUUAAAAUUGAGCUUAAUGUAGUAUUUUUUAUAAAGGAGUUUUAACAUCAAAUAUUGACGAAAUUAUGAGGAACGCAUCUAGUUACGGGUCUACGAAAAUGUGUCAAUAUUUUUUGUUUUGAACAUUGUAUAUUGAACAUGUAUAUUACCGAUUUAAGAACGAUGGUGAAGUCAGAAUUGAGCAAACUGACUUAGUUUCAAAAUUAUAGCUUUUAAAAGUUCUGAUUUUUACUAUCCGGAUAUUAUAUGUGUUAUGUUAAAUAACUCUAUAUUGACAAUUUUAUAGUAUGUAUUUUGUAGUUUAGUGGAGGUACGCACCUGUUUUCAUCCCAGAGAUCGGAAAAUUCAAACACAAGUUUUGAAAAAAGGUUUUUUUACAAAACCACGUCGGGUAGGUAUAAAAGGGAUAAGAUAAAUGCAUUUUGAAUGAAAUGUAUAUUUUUGAAAAAUCAAUACUAUUAGCCGAGUUCCGCUCAGAAUCAUUUUUCGUUAGCAAUGAUUAAUCUUUUAAAAUUCCCUCUUUAUACUACCUUCCCAACUUCUCAUCUACAACAGUGGUACACUCAUCGUACGAAGUAUGUCCGUCUCUUUUUAUUAAUACAAUAUUUUUCAUUAUUUUCAUUUCAGUAUUAAAAUUGUUUUUAUUAAUACAUAAUAUCUUCUAAAACCAAAAACAAAUACAAUUGAAGUGGGAUUGGAAUAACUGUACAAUUUAUUCAAAAAAACAGAUUGCCUUUAAAGGAAGUUUAUUUUGUAGUAAAAAAUGUAAAACCAUAUGUAUAAAAUAAAAAUGAAUAGGUACGGUAAAUACGUGCGCGCACUCGCUCCCGUCGAAUGAAGAACGGAACAAAAGCUAACUAUGAAUAAUAAAAUUAUAUAGAAACAAAAUAUAAAUCGCUAGAUUAUAAUUAACAUACGAUUACGAUUAAUUAAUCAACAAAAAAUGGUCCACAACCAGCAGACAAUAAUUAAAUCCACUUGAUGUCGGGAGUGGACCGCCCAAGUUUAAAUGAAUAUGUGAAAACUUUGACCAGGGCAAUCCGAAACUACCUAAAGAGGUUUUAAAUGCCGUUGAAUCUUUGAUUUUUGACAUCACGAGCUUAAAUAGCACAAUCUUUGUUGGUAUUAGGCCAAACAAAACGUUUCCACACAAAUUUAACCGUGGCUCGAAUACUCGGAUGUGAUAAACCAUAUAAAUUAUUGAACAUUGCACGCAGAAAAUCCCCGUUAAAAACGGACGAGAUAUGCCGGACAAAGUACCACAAAUAAUCUUCGAGUUCGUAGUUGACAUAAUUAAAUUUUCCGUACUAAAUCUGUGAUCAAAAAAAUCACUUUCUCUUGCAAACGUUGGGCGAUGUCGUGUAUGUGCGGCAACGAGUACCAAUCAAGAAUAUUAACGGCAUUAAGCCGACGGUAACCACGGUCGACAUAUACCCUGUCCCAACAUAAACUAAAAUUCACGUUUAGCGGUAGUAAGCCGGUCCAGUUGUAACCGCCGAGGACGUGAGAAAACAGAUGGGCCACUAGUUUGUAUAUGGUGCGUAAUUUCGUAACUGCGAUUAAAAUUUACAGCAUUUGAGCGAAUAAGUUACAGAAAUUGCUUAAGGUUAAAAUAUUUAUUAUUUUUAAAAAUUGCCGAAAUGCCAAAACACGCACAAUUCGCCAGUUUUCCGCCCGACGGUAAAGUAGUAUUUGGGUCUAUCAAACAUUUAUUUUUUAGAUCGAUCGCAAACCAAAGUGGUAAAUAAAAUCAGUUCCCAGGAUUGGUUUAACGACUACAGGCUAUGAUAUAAGGCCAGCUAAAUGAAAGUUGAAGUCUGAAAUUUAACGUAAUUAAUUUUUUUUCAAACUGUUAGCUGAACCGUUAGCGGCGUAUUAUAUUAAUUUUGGAAUAAAUAAGACCCGGAUGACGGCCAUAUGGAAAAAUCCGCGCCGGUAACAAGACAUUUUUUUUUUGUAUUUUUUUCAGUAAUGAAAAGGCAAUGUGAAGUGAAAACCUAGCCAACAGUCACUUCGGCGGUAGGUAAACUCAGUUUCCCGAAUUCGAUUUAUAAUUACAUGGCUCGAGACAUUGCGUUGCUUUUUCUCCGAAUUUAAAAUGAUACCAACAUUUCUCAUAUCCAAUAAGUUUCUUGGGCCCAAAAAGCUCAAGCUACGCCGAAAAUUAUUUGUACUCCCUCGUGAACGGGAUCCAGAUCUCUUCAUCCUUUCUAUCUUCUCAGUAAGCACCGCGAUCUGUUUCACGAAAAUAGCUAGUUGUGGAUUCUCUAUCUCUGCCCGUGACCCUCGAGGGUUAGAAUUCCUCACGAAAGCUAUAGACCCAAAUUCAUUUCUAUUUCCGUAAUUUCGAUUAUUUUAUCGGUCAUAAUCGCGAUAUUAUUUAACGUGUUCCCUCUAGUCGACAAUAUAGCUAAAAUUUGACUAGAAAGACGUUGAAACCAGAGGGUUUUUAAAAAACCGUCAAAUACUUACCCGGCUGCCAACUCACGUAUCUCAGUCUGCAGAUGAGAUGGCUUUUUGUCACCUAAUUAAAUCUCCUUCAAUAGCUUCCUCAAACGUAAUUCCUCGGAUUCCGCAAAACGAUCAAUUAAACGUGCCUGGAAUGUGUUGUACAUAUUCUGCCGGGGAGGGGGGGAUUUAAAAUCAAAUCACUCACCUGCGAAAAUAUCUCACUCUCCAUUGAAGCAACAAUAUGGUGAAAUUUCCUGGAGUCGGACAAUAUCCUUGACGUAAUGAUUCCGUUCACUUGAACUAGAGCUCUGGAUUGCAGGACACUUAAAAACACCACGAGAGCCUUCAAUCUCCUCACUCGCGGGAAACUAAUUUUCACUAUUCGACAUCACGUUUUGCGUAUCAACUUUCCACACGACAAUGAUGUAUGGCCGAACGCUCACCGUAACGAUAAAAAUAACGAAUUAAUAGCUUAAUUUGUUUUUGUUGAGUUCAACAAAUGUAAUGAGAUUGGAAUGACUACACAAUUUAUUUAAAAAGAGCAGAUUUAGAAGUUUAUUUUGUAGUGAAAAAAGAAAACAUAUGCAUAGAUAAAAAUUAAUAGGUACGGUAAAUACGUGCGUGCAUUCACUCCUGCCGAGUGAGGAACGGAACAAAAACAAAGUAUAAAUCGCAAGAUAAUAAUCAACAUACGAUUACGAUUAAUUAAUAAAAUAAAUACCUAUUGCUUAAUCAUGGCAUUAAUAAGGACAUUUAUAAACAUACACACAGUUUAAACAUUUAACACACAAUACGUAAAAAUAAUAUGCACAGAGUAUAUUGCAGUCACCACAACAAUAUAUAUAGUAUACAUUUAUAAGACCAAAAUUAAACAAUUUUGUACUAUUAACGGAAUUUCAAAAUAUUACCCAUGUAAUGAGAGGCAAGAGGUCGAAAUGAUACAAGAAAGGUUCUAUUAAGUUUUUUGAUUUUUCUUAUUACAUAAGGUCUUCUGGUAGAAAGGUGAUUUUCUAAGAAAAAAACCAAAAUGAGCUAAUGGGAUGAACUGUUGAAAAUGUCUAAACGUGUCAUAAAGUACCCACCACUUUAUAGAAAUUCUGAAUUUAUUUAGGUACUAUAUGAAUAAAUCAAACCAUUUAUUAAUAAAAAAAAAUGAUAUCAGUAAUAGCAGUGGUUCUUAACUGGGGUGAUAUGGACCCAGUAUAAAUGUAACAUAAAAUCUCCGGGGAAAAGAAUAAAAUAAGGAAACUUAAAAUUUUUUCGAAUAAAAUCGUGUUAUUACCGUUGUCGUCAUAUAAUCACUACCAUCAUCAGAAGUUAGAGCUAUUAUUGUAUAAUAUUAACACAUGGAAAAGAUAUAACCACUUAAUAUAAUCUGACUAAUAAUUAAAUAUUCUAAUAAAUAAUUAUAAACCGCAAUAAUAUUCGCAUUUGAAAAAUUUAUAGAAAAUAAAUGACCAUUCCUAAAAAAAAGUUUCAACUACCAAAAGUUUUUUAAAAUUUAAUUUUACAAAAUGGAUAUUUUGAAUUUGGAUAAAAAACUUUAGUAAAAUUUAAAAUUUUUAUUAUUUAUAAGAAGAGAAGUUCCUUCUCUUGAUUAUUUAAAAAAAAAAUUUAAUAAAACAAAUGUUUUUUCAAGGAUCAGAUCAUCGUGGGACACACUAUACUAUACUCGUAUGCCUACAUAUGUGGGACUAGACUGGUUUCCGCCAAAAACAUACCUUUCCCUUUUCUCGAUUCCGCCAAAUGAAAAAAAAUUGGUCUAAUAUUUGAAUAUUAAUGUACAAUUAUUGUAUGUAUUAUAAUUAUUAAUUAAAUAAAAAAUUAAUUAAAAAAUUAUAAAGUUUUUUCUAUUUAUCUAUGAUGAAAAUUAUGUUUCUUAUUUUUUGAAUACAAGGUUGUUAAUAAUCAUAACGAUUGUCUUACUACAAUUUUUUACACAAAAAAUAACAAAAUUAUAACCACUUUUUUUAUUAUUAUAUUAUUAUAAAUUUUUUUUAUAAUACAAUAAUAAUAAUUUAUGAUAUAAUCUUCCAUUAAUAUUCAAAUAUUAGAUUAAUUUUUUUCAUUUGGCGGGAAAGUGAAUUGGUGGAAAAAAAAAAGUACGAUUUUGGCAGAAAAAAGAAAGGUAAAUUUUUGGCAGAAAAGGGUAACACCCACAUAUUUGUACUAGUGUACCUACCUGGAUAAUAAUUGUUUAACGUUGAAUGCCUUACUUAAUUACGCUAGUUUUGAUUAUGAAAUAUUAAAAUAAUAAUUAUGAUUUAAGUAUCUAAUAUUUAAUUUUAUAAUUUCAAUUCUGAGCUGAGCGAGACAAUAUAUAUUCCUCGCUUUACAAUGAUGUUUAUUAUUUAUUUUAUUAUUAUUAUUAUUUAUUUUUAUAGUUUUUAUCUGUAAAUGACUUUUCUACUGGAAAUCUUGCUCCGAUUACUAACUGUAGUACCUUUUCUGAAAGAAAAUUUUUAUUUGAGUGGUGCCCAGAUUUAUGGUAUUUUUUGAAUUUCCAAGUGGUUUUGAAAAUAAUUAGGAAAAACUGAGAAAAAAACGUAGGAAAAACGGAAAAAUUUAUGACAUGAUUAAUGUAGAAUGAAUUAAUCUUUUGUUAAUUUAUAUGACAUUCGGCAUAGAUGUAAAAACCAAGUCUAAAUAUAGAAAACAUUGUUAGAAAAUAGAAUACCUAGGUGGGUAGGUAUCAAUAUGUGAUGAAUAGGGCCUGGAUUUAAAUGCACUGAAAUAUCGAAAAAUAUUAUUAAAAAAGGUAAAAAUACCUUUAAAAAAUAAAUUUUACCGCAAAAAUAGCCUUUAAAAAAGUGAUAUACUUUUUUUUAAUUAGUUUUUUUAUUGGGUAAUUUAUAAUAUUUUUAUUUUAUUAAAAAAAAAAAAAAACAGACAAUUGAAAAAUUCGAUUUGUGACUAGCGAAAAUAGAUAUUGACUGAGAGCCUGAGGUAUUGACUGAUUAAUUGGAAAACCCAAAAAACAUGGGUAAUAUUUUGAAUAAGCUAAAUUUAAAUUAUUAAAUCGUAUCAUAGGUUAAAUAAUUAAAAUAAUUAAAAAUAAUUAAAUAUAUUUAAUCGAUAGUCGUAUUAUGUACAAAUGAAAUAAAAAGAAAAAAACAUUGAAAAAUGCAAAAAAAGGCAAAAUAAAUGUUUCACAUUUGAAGUUUCUGUUACAUGAAUCAAAUUAUGUACUUGGAAAGCAAUGUCUAAUAUUAAUAAAAAAGAUGCAUUUUGUACCGAAAUCCGGUUCCUAGUAAUAAACAUAUAACAUUAAUUUUUAUGAAAUAUCAGAUGUGUCAGUAUAUUAAUAUUGAAAUAAAAACCUAUGAUCUAAAAAUCAAUUUUAUGCAUACAUAAUUACUUUAAUUACACAUGCUUAGAAUUCUAACAGGAAUUCAGUAUACUAAUUAUUAAUGCAAAACAAUUUGUGUAUCCAAACUUUAGGUAUAUAUACCUGGAACUUAUGGAAAUUUAAAAAUAGAUUUUCAAAAGAAUAACGUAUGAACAAAUGAUGGUGGUGCAAAAAAAGGUAAAUUGAUUGAGACUGUUGGGCUGGAUAUAAAAAAUUUAACUCCACCCGAAGAAAUUUCAAUUUUCCUAGCAAAUGGCUAGAACAGGAUUUAUAAAAAGUUGGCCAGGAAAUUAAAGGAAUCGAGCAUUAAAUAUUUGUGCUAAAAAAUUUGCAAAUAUUUCAAUUUAGACGAUGGGAGAGGCUGGAAUACAGGGAUAGAUGAACUUUCCCAGCAAACGGGUAGAUCGAAAAUUAUAAAAAGGUGAUCAGAAAUUUACCAUUAAUUGUUGACAGUAAAAAAAUAAUGAAAUUCAGAUUAGGGGAAGCGAGGUAAUAUAAGUCGUUUUUCCCGGAUUUUUACAAUUGUUACGAAAACGAUACAGAAAAUCAAAAUGUGAGUUUUUGAAUCACCAAAUAUACAAAAUUUACUUUAUAGGAAAAUGUUAUUAUUGAAAUUUAGAGCAAGAUUUUUGGUAGAAAAUAAAAAUUGAAAAUAAUGAAAUUGUUAAAAUCUUAAAUAUGUAGGUACAUGACUAUUUUUCUAAUUCUUAUAAAAACCACUCGGAAAUUUAAUCUUGGAAAAACACCAACUAGAUUUAAAAUGUACCAAAAAAGAUAUAUUAUUAUUUUAUGAUUGGUGCUAGAUUUCUGGUAGAAAAUUUUUUUACUAACAAAAAAUCAAAGACAUUUUUUGCUUCGUGGAGAAUUAAAAAUUGUGCCUUUUUUUUAUAGUAAUAGUUAAUUUUUCAAGUUGUUUUUAGUUUUCUUGGUCUGAUAAACAAAACACCAAUAAAUUAUAACAAUUGCUUGAUACUCAUUAUAUAUUAUACAUACGUCCUAUAAUCGAAGAGGGUCGUUUUUUAUGGCACAACAAGGUCAUUUGAUAAAAAAAUAUAUACAUUUAUUAUAUAGAUCCGAGAAUCGGGUUAAUGUUAAAUAGGAUAAUAAUAUAAUAUUAAGUACAAAUAUCUAACUGCAGGAUAAAAUUACGAGCGGUUAAUCCUUAACACGCAAAUUGUAUGGUAAUCUAAAACACUGACCUUUGGCGAGCCGAAUAUUAUUAUAUCACCUAUUUUAGUUAUUACAGUGUAAUUGGGUCGAAAACACUAAACCUCGACCCCAAAACUUCAAUUAUUAAUGUCUACUAGACGUACGGCAGCGGCAGUAUUGUACGCCUGAAUAUAAUUUAAUAUAAACUUUUGCGUGUACAAUCGAUUUCCAAAUUAUUAUCAUAAUUCACUCCGGAGGCAUAGGGAACAAGGUCAUAGUAUUAUGGCCAUAAUAUUUCAAUAAAAUGAUUAGCCUUUACCAUAUUAUCAAAUGGGUAAGAACUCCGUUUUAUUUUUUAUUUUGAGUAGAGCGAGGAAUUUAUUAGUUUUACAAUAAUGUUUACUUUUUUUAUUUCUAUUUUUUUUUAUCUGUGAACAAUUUUUUUACCAGCAAUUUUGUUCCGAUUUACAAUGAAAGCACUUUUUCUGAAUGAGAAUCUGACUGGGAUAGUACUUUUGGAAGGUUAUAUUUUAAUUUUCCCAGGAGAUUUCUCAGCAAAUGUGAAAAACCGGGAAAAUCGGUACAAUAUUAAACAAAUAUUUUUAAAGAAAAUAUAUAAUGCUUAUUUAAUUAUUUUAUCAUAAUAUGACAUAUUUAUUGUUGACAAAGCAUUACUAUAUUAACUAAACUGCGCUCAGAAUCGUGUUUUCAUUAGCAAUAGUUUAUCGUUGCUUACAUGUAUAUGGUUAAUUAUAUACAUUAAAUUAGCUACAAUAGUGGCUGCACUAGUCUCCAUUAUUCUAGGACGUCAUUUUUGUUGUUAUUCAGUUAAAAAUAUUUGUAGAGACUUGAAAUUUGGUCAGAAAAUUAUAUUUGCAUUUUCAAGACGUAGUAAAAUUUUAAAACAAUUGAGCCAUUUUUGAGCUAUUUAUAGACAUUUUAAUUUUAUCGUAUUUUAGCGUGUAAACCAAUUUCGUCUAGAAUCGUUUUCUUUAAAUGGUUCAUCGUUGCGUAGAGAUAUACAUUGAAGUGUAAAACACGAAUGCGUACGUUCGUUAUCGGUGAUACUUUUUUAAGCUACACGAUUGUGUACCACGUUACCUGAUUUUUGAUUACACGUCACGUACGAAAUUUUAAGCGUUGUUGUCAAUUUUCAUAUCGAUAUAUAUACCACACAAGUGAACUAAAAAAAAUGCAUGAAUACUUUUCGUUUUUCCAUAAACGUUUAAUGUUAAUGAUAAUCAACGUAACAUAAAUACAUCUUAAUAGGCUGGAAAUUUUGUUAUUUCAAAUAUAAUGUAUAAGUAUUUUCUGCCCUUUUAGCUCGUCGUUGAUCGUCAUACGUCUGUAUAUUUUAUCGACGUUAGUAAUAUCAAAAAUUCUAUUCUUAAACUUAUAAAAUCCGAAAAAGGAAAAUAGUUAUUAUUUUUAAAUUUUUAUAGACAAGACGGAUUAUACAAUUAAUUAAUAACGAGAAAAUAAAGAAAAUAACAAAAUAGGAUUUUAUUCAAAUUCAAAAUAUUAUAAAGGCUUAUGAUAAGUAUAAAAUACAUACAAAUGUGUUAUAAUAUUUGAUAGUAUAGGAUUAUAGAUGUUCAAAAAUUAAAAUUUAGGUAUUUUAAAAUGAUUUUAUUUAUUUAUUAAUAUUUUUUUUAGUAAUAAUAUUCUAAAGUUCAGAUAAAACUAUUGUACUGGAUAAGUAUUAAAUAUAUAGUAUAUACAUUUGACAACGCUGCACACGAAUUCGUAUGUAAUCGCGUUGAUUUUUUUUUUAAAUAUUACCUAUCGUGCGAAGUAUGCCCGUUUUUUUAUUUGUUAAAGUGUAUCAAAAUGAUUAUACCUAUAUUAUAUAAAUUAGUUACGUAACCAGGAGACUAAAUGGGCUUUAACCUCCCAUUCUUCCUACUGAACGAGUUUAUUAUAGCCUAUACAACCGUUAAUACUUUACUACAUUACUUAUAAUACAUUUAAAUAGGUAAGUAUUUUAAGCGAACGUUUUCCAACUUGAUGAAAAUGAAAAUAAUAACAGUGGGAAUCCUUAAAAGUUUUGUAAUGGUAAAUAUAAACAAAAGAAAAUGUAUUAAAAAAGUAGAUGUCAUAGUUUUUGCCCAAAACUCUCCAAGAAAGAUGCAGUUAGAAGAUUGGAAUUCAUAACUAAUAAAACAGUAUAUUUUAAACUUUAUAACUAUUUAAUUAAAAUUUAUGUAUCAUACUGGAUACUAUUCAAAUUAUGUCUAAUGAAUACCUAAUAGUUAAGAACUAUUAACUAUCGACUGACUAACUAUAUAAUAUAUAAUGAUAACAGUUAAAAUUAAUUUUUGUUUAUCAAUAUUUAUUACAUAAUUUAUUAAAAAUAAUUUUAUAAAAAGUUGUGUUUUACAAAAAGAAUGUUAAAUAGAGAAUUAUUUUUUUGAUGGGACUCAUGUUCGUCUCAUACAAAAUUGCUGUAGGUAUGCCAAUUAUAUUAUCAACAUUAAUAUAAUACUAGCUUUAGUAACAGAUCUAACUGAUCUAAGUAUCAGCUAUACAUAAUACGUAUAAUAUAUUAUUUUAAAAAACAAUAUUUGAAAAUGUCAACGAAUUAUAUUUAUUUACAUAUUUACAACUUAAUUUGAAUAUAAUUUUUACAAAUAUAAAUUAUACCGUAUAAUAUAACUAUUCAUAGGUGUAGUGUGAAUUCGGUUGAUAGUGUUGUCAUAUAAUAUGUCAUAUUAUGGUAAAAUAGUUACAUAAGUGUUAAUCAUUUCCUUUAAUAUUGUACCUAUUUUCCCGUUUUUCCUAUUUUUUUCUCGGUUUUCCCAUGUUUUUUUCCGGUUCGCUACACUCAGAAUCUAAAACAAAAUUGAAAAUAAUAUAUUCGUAUAUUUUUCCCGUUUUUCUACGUUAUCAUGAAAAUCGCUUGGAAAAUCAAAAAAUGAUCUCCCUAAAGUACCACACAGAUAAAAUUUUUUUUUUAGAAAAGAUAUUACACUUGAUAUUAAACAAGAUUUCUGUUAGAAAAUUUGUAUACGGAUAAAAAAAAAAAAAAUAAACAUUAUUAUAAAACCAAUAUAUUCCUCGCUUCGGUUAGAAUCUGAAAUUAUGUUGAUGUAAAAUUAAUAUUGUUUUUAGUAGGUAUCUGCCUAUAUUGAAAUAUCAUAAUUAUUUUAUUUUUUUUAAUACCUACUACUAUCAUAAUCUUUGUAAAUUUCACAAGCUCUACAAUUCUUAUUUAAAAAUUUGAAUACUUUGAGAAGUAUAUAGUGUAUAGACUAACAAAUUCAAAUGAUUAUACAUAUAUUAUAUUUGUAUAUAUAUUUACACAUAUAUAGUGUGUCUAUUAUUUAACGUUACAAAAAAAAUCGAACACUUUGCAAAAUGACCAAAAUUAUUCAAUUCCGAACUCUACACAUGUCAAAUUAUAUAAUUAAUUUCAUAAUUAAAAUGAAAUACUAUACAAAAUAUCGAUAUAAUAUUAUAUGUACAGGUGUAAUGGUUUGCUAUGUAUCCCUUUCAUAAGAUUGGUGUAAAAUAUUUAUGUAAUGGCUACAUUACGGACAGCUACGACAACUGAAUUUCGAAAACGAGUAUAUUUCGAUGGAUCACCCACUCAUGUUUUCAACGACAAAUUUUUAACGCCUUUGAUGAAAGCAUGCAUGUACGGACGAUCUGAGCAAGUCAGAUUAAUACUGGAAGAAAAAGUAAAUAAUAUAUUAUUGUUAUGAAUAUUUUAAUUUUAGUAAAAUUAAAAAGGUUUGAUUUAACUCGUUAUUCAAAUUUGUAUACUUCUGCUACAUGCUAUAAUCUAUAACUAUUGGUGGUGCCAAUUUGGCACCGUUAUCAUUUAACUUAGACUAAUCUUUUUUCGUUAUAUUUGUGUGUGUGUGUGUGUAUAGCCUCUAUCAGUGAUCGAGAGGGAUGGUGUUUUUAAGACCGCAUUGCACUAUUGUGCAGAAAAUGACGAAGAAGACGCCGACUGUGCUAAACUUCUUUUGGAGGUAGACCCGUCCAUAGUAGACAUACCCGACGAAGAUGGUCACACGGCUUUACAUUUAGCUGUAAUCGCCGGCAAUUUGCCAUUAGUUCGAUUUUUGCUAGUAUCUGGCCACGCAGAUCCAAACAAACGAGAUGCUGAAGGACACUCGACUAUACAUUGGGCGACAGGUGAGUAAAAAUAAUUCAACUUGAUCCAAAAUAACACUUCAAUAAGUUACCUAGUUAUUCUUAUUCUUAUACAUGUAUUAUAAUACAUUAUUUACGAUAUAUAUAAUAUAUAUUAUGUGUAUAGCAUUGUAUAUAUUUGAUUAACUUUUAGAUAUGAGCGGAUUGGGAAUGUAUUCGCAUUAACAGUUAUGAUGUUAUUUAAUUUUGUAUAGGUAGGUUAUUUUUCGAAUUUCUCAAUAAUUAACUAAAAUCGGAAGCAAUCAAAACCAUAUUUUAUAUUGUCAGUUAAAAUUCAGUAGACAGUACUAUAUUACUAUAAUUCUACAGACUUUAGGUAUUAGAUAUCCACCGUUAUUAUUUAUUUUAUAUUAUGUAGAUAUUUUUUGGAUGACAACAAUUUAGUUUUAAUUUUUUUUAUUAUUUAAAAGAAUAUUUAAAAUUUAUGCUUGAUGCAGUCAUCAAAUUUGGCUAUUGUUGUAAUAUAUACAAUAACAGAGGACGAUUUGAAAGGGGAUCGGAUUCUAUCCAGGGAUAGAAUCCAGCAUUAAAAAAAAAAAAAUGGGAAUUUUUAUUUAUUUAAAAAUAUUUUGGUUUUUAACACGAGUCAACUAAACUAUCAGAAGAAUAACAAUGCGUAACAUAGUACGAGAUAGAUACCAUAUAUAGAUAUAAAGAUUUAACAAGAUAGAUUAAAGUUAAUUUAUUUUAAGAGUAGUUCCAGUUAUAGUGGUGAUUUUAUUAUUAUUAAAAAAAAAUUCACGUAAGAGUCCUAAAUCAAAACUUUAAAAUCAGUUUAUAUCUGUGGUUUAUUAAACUAGUUCUAGUUUUAUAAUUUCGUUACUAGGUCACUGAUAUAAGUAGAUAUCUACUCGUAAAUAGGUACCUUCUUUAACGUGCAUUGUGGUCAGUUAAACAAUCUAAAAUCAAUUGUUUAUUAAUUAUGUAUAAUAUUGCGUGACAUAAUAUCGUCAUCAUAUUGGAAUGAUUGUCAUAAAAAAAUAAGUCUAGGUACAUAGUCAUUUGCCAUUAUACUUCGUCGUAAAUGAUAUUAUAUUAUAUCAUAGUAGUAUUAUAGGUACCUACUACUUAACCCCAAAAAAAAAAAUAUUUAAGCCGAUUUGUAUGGAAUGUUUAAGUAGGUGACCUCAUUUUUGAUUUGUAUACUUAUAAAUGCCCUCUGCGUAUUAAUAUCGAAGUAGUGCUUUAUUCUAUUUUACCUAACCUAUAUAUAUAUAUACAUGUAUAUACUACAUAAUUUACAUGUGUGUUUGAAAUAAAAAAAAAAAUAUAAUAACUUCAAAUAUGUUCAUAACCCAGAAGUUAUUGUACUCUAUAUAUUAGUGGUUCUCAAACUUUUUUCCGUUACGGCACAUUAUUAAUAGUUAUUUAACUAUUUAACUAUUUAACACUUUGAAAUCAUUUUGAUAAUCAAUAUAUAUUUGCUAAAAAUAAGUACUUUUAGGACCAGGAAUUAUAGGUUUAUCUAUUAAACAUAUUGUAUUUUAUCUAAUAAUAUUAUAUUUAAUAUUCCUUUUUUUUCAAUAACGAACAAUAUUUAAUUAUAUUGUAUAAAACAAUAACGUUCAAAAUGCGUGACAGUUUUGAACGUUAAAAAUAUUGGCGUGUCACAAUAUUUAAACAAAGUUUUGUGUAACUCAUUUUUUUUUUAAAUGUAUAAGCUUUUAAAUAAAAUAAAAAGUUUGACGAUUCCUUACUCAUUGUGGAAUUUAUACUCAUCCUAUUCCCCAAUGUUUGGUAUGUAGAAAAAACGCAGCAAUAAUAUGUGUAGUGUAUGAUAUUUAUUAAAUUAAAAAGACAUCUUACUACUAACCGCGGUAAUUUGUGAAAUAAAGAUAAAACUUCGGUAUUUUAGUGGUUUAUUAUUAUUAAAUGUAAAACAAUCAAAACUAUUCAAAAAACUAAUUCAUAUAUCUGAUAAAGCUCAGAUUGCUAGUUAUAAAGUAGCUGAAUUAAUAAUGAAAAUAAUGUAGCCUCCCACUAUAGGUGAAAAUUUAAAAUUACCAGCCUACAAAGAAAUUGUAAAAUUAAUCUUAGGUGACAGUACUGAGAAAGAAGUUUCUCUUGUUCUAGCGAAAAAUUCGUCGAUAAGAAUAUUAUAAUUUUAACAAAAAUUUAUAAAAGAAAUUGACUAUUUGUGGACAUAAAUCUAUAGGAUGUUUCAAAAAUUAUAUCAUAAAGUAAGAAAUUUAAAAAAAAGAGCUGAUACUGGUGAUGGGUGUGGUCACUAUUGUAGGUGGGUAGUGGGGAAGGUGAGAUAUAUAAAUUUAUUUAAUUUAUACCUGUAACUAACAAUUAACCAUUGAUAACGAAAAACAAUUCAGAGCGAAGUUUGUUUUUUACAUGUUUUGAAGUGUCAUAAUAUUCACGAUUUUCGUCAAAAUUUGAUUUUAGAACUCUUAUACAAAAAAUAUAAUAGUUUUUAAAAUAAUAUUUUUUUUCGACCACUAGAUAUGACUUAUAAUAAACCUUCUAUUAAAUUUUCAAUCAUUUCUGUUUAAUUUAAUAAUUUUAUCCACAGAGUACUUACCAAAUAAAAAUUACGUAAAAACUUGCAAAAUUAAAAUGUCUAUAAAUAGAUGAAAAAUUGCUCAAAUGGUUUUAAAAUUUUAUCACAUUUAAAAAAGCAAACAUAAGAUUUUUUCCAAUAACUAUUUCAAGUUUACGAAUAUUUUUAACUGCAUUAAAAUAAAAAACAAAAUUUAAAAUAAUAUUGUACAAUCAUUUUUUAGUGCAUUUUCCUGUUCUUUCUACGUUUUUUCUCAAUUUUUCCCAAUUAUGGUCUCCCCAAUGCACCAACUAGAUAAAAUUUACCUUUAGGAAAUGUGCUUUUGAUAUAUUGGAGCAAAAUUUUUGGUAGAAAAGUUGCUCACAGACACAAAAAUAAAUCAGAUAUAGUAAAACCCAUAGAUCUCUCGCUACGCUCCGAAUAUAAAAGUUUCGUCCCGGUACGUCUUUUGCAAAUACAAAACAUCACACUGACUCUCUCCGUACAUAAGGUAGCAAAAAGCUCGCCCUUAAAUGCCAAAAAAUCUUCGAUGUUUCGUGUAAGCAUUGUAAAUGCUAAGUCAUUAACUGGGGUUAGUCCUGAAAAGGACCGUUUUAGGUGGCUAUUUGUUGCCAUUUUUAUCACUGGUUUUGGCAGAAUUAGUUAGCUGUGAGAAUACAUCAUUAACAGGGGCACUACUUGAAGGUUUUUGUCAAGCUCCUCGAAUCUAAAAUAUCACUUAUUAUAAAUUGUGAAAAUGUUUAUAUCUGACGUUAUACUGCUUUUUAAGAUCAUUUAGUAAGAACUGUCAUUGAUCGUUGUACUAAUAAAAUGAUAUUGAUUAUCAUUAUUUGUAUUAGACAAUGUACUCGUACAUUUACCACUAAUAUGUUUUGAUUGUUUUUCUUAAUUUACCACCCUAUAAACCUAGACUUUCGGUGCCAGUGAAUUUGAAGUUUUCCCGUUUUCCCAAUCCGUCUCUACGGCUAAUAAUUAUAAUUUAAUUUCCUUAUGACAACUGAUGAUAUUGUGAAAAUAUUUCACAGUUUGCGCCGACGUAGAUGCACUCGAGUUAGUACUUAGUCAUGGCGGUACGACCAAAUCAGCUGAUGUUCACGGCGGUUACGCUAUCCAUUACGCCGCUCAGAUGUGCGGCACCGGAAUUUGUCGUUCGGGAGAAGCACGUACCAUUGGUGUCCGCGUUUUACAAUCGUUACUGUCAUACGGCGCUGACGUUCACGUCACCGACAAACAUGGACGUCAACCGAUUUUGUGGGCGGCUAGUGCAGGUAUCUAUAAUACAACUUUAGGAUACUUAAGAGCUGUAAACGUCACCAUGGAAUCAGGGGGAAAAUAAUCGGCUACCUACUCGGCUCUAAAGAUAUUUCGAUUGCAAUCGUAAAAGACAAAUUAUUUAGAUAGAUGAAACGUAUAUACGUAAAAUAGCCAAGGGUGUUUUACACGGAAAAAUUUCCAACGCGUUUAAUUUGUAAUAUUUUCAAAAUUGGAUAUUUUUUUACCGACAAAGGGACAGCAUUUUGUAUGGUGGUAUGAUAAUAACUUCCAUCAACCUAUAUUAUAUAUAUGUUUUUUAAAAAAAUCCACCCACUGUAUUGGUUUAUCUGAAUAAAUACGAUUUUGCUACGACACUAAGUUAUUCCAUUUUAAUAUUGUAUUCCUCUGAUGCAAUUUUGCCAAAUGAAAUUAAAAUAAAUUACCUAGUUCAAUUAAAUACCUAUAGUUAAUUUAUUCUUUUUUGUAGGUAGUGCGGACGCUAUUAUAACUUUAAUCAACGGUGGAGCAAAUGUUGAAUCGCACGAUAAAGAUGGACUGACAGGUAAAUUAGAAUACUUUUAUAAAUUAUGUAUAAUAAUUGCGUAUUAAACUGCCAUUUAAUCCGUAAUCGUUCUGUUUAAUUUCUAUAAGUUGUUUAAAGUUCUAAUAAAGAUUAAAUCUAUAUAUAUAUAUAUAUAUAUAUAUUACCUAUUAUAGUUUGAUCAUCAAUCGAUACAAAUUAUAUCUAAUAAUUAAAUAUUAUAAUAUUGUUAAUGCACACCUAUGUUAUUCACAUCGAUAGAUUGCAUAUGCAUAGGUAUUUUAUGUAUUUGAAAAUAUAAAUUCAUAUCUCGGUCUCAAAAGCUACGAUUCCAUAAAGUUUAACGUCAAUAUUGUAAAUAUAUUAUGUUUUUGAUUAUAUUUUAGAUUCUUAACCGGUCGAAGGACGAAGAAUAAGCUAAAGCGAUAUCGUCCGUAGUUGCAUAUUAUUAUAGUAUAAUUCAGCAGAUGUUUAUUGUUGUUGUUAAAAUAGCAUUGCACUGUGCGGCCAGUCGAGGUCAUGUUGAGUGCGUAGACGGACUAUUGACGUUGUGUGGAUCCGAGGUGGACGCGGUGGACAGCAACAGUUGCUCCGCUUUGUUCUACGCCGUGACACUAGGCCACGCUGACGCAACCGAAAUAUUAUUGGAACACGGAGCUAAUCCUGACCGAAAGGACGGAAAAGGAAGAACGUAAGGCAGUCUUUAAAGCGAACCUAAUCUUAAGUAGUUUUGUUCAAGACAUUAAAAAAAAAAAAUCAAUUAAACCACCACAGCUACAUAGUCUAUAGUACCUAAUCAAUAUUAAAAAUAGACAUUAUUGAAACGGUUGUUAUUAUUUGUAUGCGUUUAAGGCCAGCGCAUUGCGGUGCAUUUAAAGGCCAGUUGGAAACUGUCCGACUUUUAGCCGAUCACGGUGCCAACUUAUGGUUACGGAACUCAAAAGGCGGAUAUCCGUUGCACGACGCAAUGAGGUCUGGUCGCAAAGAUCUGGUUCUUUGGUUAAUAUCGAUGCGUCCCGAAUCAGUAGAUUAUUAUGACGACGACGGUAAGCGACCAUUGCAUAUCGCUGCGCUUAACAACAACUUGGAAAUGAGCAAGGUACUUCAUUUGCAUAUAAUUUACGUUUAUUUACAGUGGACAAAUUAUUAUGACGAACGGUCAAUUGUACACUGUUUAAUUUUUUUAAAGUGUCAAAAUAGAAUAUAAUGUAACAAAUUUGAAAAAAAAAACCGUACUUAUUUAGUAUAUUAGUUAUUUUUUGGUUUUUUUUUUUAAUGCCUUAUAAGCUAUAUUUAUAAGGCUCUUUGUUACUUGUGUGAAGUUAGUCCCCCCCUACUUUGUCCAAUUUUCUCCAAACCUCAACCAUCAUUUUGAAAAUAAAUAGAGAAAAUUUGAAAACCAGUCUUCAGAAUUUGAAAAUUCUUAGUUUCAUAACAAGAAGUUUUUUAAGUAAGGAGGGCCAAAGUCAUGAAGCCCCCUUAUGUUGUAAAAUUAACUUCAAACCUUUGCUAAUAAUUUGAAAACUUUUAUUUUAGCUAUAAAAAUGGUUAGGUCUGGGUGCCAAAUUCACGUAUUAAUCUAUAAUAUUACCGUAUGUAUUUUUCUUUCCCUUAUUUUUUCUCUCUCAUAUUUUUUUCGUUCUUGAUGUUAUCAUUAUCGACUGUAUUCAAAGAGCUAUUGUCUCGGAAAAUUUUAAAAGUAAAAAAAAAAAAUAGUUUCACUUCUGGAGACCAAAUUCACGUAUCACUCCUGCGUCUAUGAAAUUGUCUCCCCCAUAUAUGUAAUAAGAGGGAUUCGAAAAAAAAAAUUAAGUGAAAAAAAAGUAUAUGGAAAGUUAUUUUAAGUUGAUUUUUUUAUAUUUUUUGUACCUACACUACAUUAGUAGUUAUUUUUGUUAUUUUCGAUUAUGGACUGCAGAUUUUGAUAACUUGUUCCGAUAAUUAUUUUGUGAAAACGUUUAAAAUAUUAUGAUUGAAUAAAUAAUAUAGUCAAUGGUAUUGAAAUAUAGUGUAGGUACCUUCUAUAUAUUAUAUGGCACUAUAUAAUAUUAUGUAAAACUAAGCAAUAAUAUUAGUUUUUAUAUUUUAAUAUUUAAAAUAAAUAUAUUGCUUUUUUAUCACUUGCUUUUUUAUUUGCUUUUUUCCGAAUUCUUUCCCUGCCCUAAUAUAUUGAGGGACAAUUUCAUAGACGCUGGAGUGAUACGUGAAUUUGGUCUCCAGAAGUGAAACUAUUAUUUUUUUUUAGUUUUAACAUUUUCCGGGGCAAUAGCCCUAUUAAUACAGUAACCAAUGAUAAUAUCAAAAACAAUAAAAAAAAAAAAAAACGAGGGAAAAAAGGGGAAAGAAAAAUACUGUAGAAGCCGCUUAUUAGGAACACGGAUAAUUGAUACAAUCGAUAUUCAUUAACCUAUUGAAAAAACACCCAAGUCUUAAACUACAUUUUUAUAAACGAAUAUACCUUAUAUUAAUAUUAAUACUUUUUAAAUAUGUAUAGGUAAAUAACUAUUUAGGUCGUUAUCAAAUUUAAUUAUUGGAAUAUCAAGUUCAUAAUAAUGAAGUAUUAUUUAUUUUGUAAUAAAUAAUUAUUUAAUUAGUUACCUAAGUACUUACUUAACUGUGACAGAUAAAAUAAAACCUACCUUGAAAACAAUUUUGAGAAGCUUACAAUUUAGUUUCAAUUUACAUAUAAGUAAUAUAAUGUAAUAAUAGGCGGAGAUUUGGUAAAUUUUGGGGCUUAAAUAGUCCUAAAAAGUGACCCACAUAGUAAAUAAUUUUAAUUAAAUAAUACAAAUUUUUAUAAUAAUAUUAAUAGGUAAUUAACUCAUAAUAAUAAUUCCAAAAAAAAUAGUCACAAAUAAUACGUAGAACAAUUUGAUAUAUUAUUCUAUAUUAUAGGAUUAUGAGAAUCUGGAACGUAUAAUAUUCCGGAAUGUAAUGCUCCGGAACGUAAUAUCCCGGAAAAAUAUCAAUGGUUUGUUCUAGAAAAACGUUAUUAUCACAAAAGCGUCAAAACUUGUAUAACACAAAAGAAAAAAAGGGGCCAAUGGAAAAUUCGGGAAAGUAGAGAAAAUAGUCAUGGAAGAUAAAAAGGUUUAGAUCUAGUUAAGGGAUAGGAGGAAGAGAAAAGGCCAGAAAAAUAAAAAUUACUAUUGGCGACACAUCAUUGAAAAGACUGGAGGUUAUAGUUUUAGAAACAUUGAAUUUUACUUAGUUACGAACAUUUGAGAUUUCGGAAUAUUACGAUCUGAUUAUUGUGGUCCGAGAUUUUAUUAUACCUAUCUCGGACUACCAAUAUUUUUAUUAAUAUUAUUUGCAUAAAUUGAAUAUAAUAUUUUAUUUCAAAAUUAUAUAUUUAACUUUUAAUGAUUUGCAUCAACAAUAUUAUCUGUAAUUAAAGUUACGUAUUUUUUCAUGUACAAAAUUGCUGAGUUGUUAAAUCGGUCUUGCUAUAGAUGUACAAGUGCGUAAAUAUAUCUUAAUCCUACGUAUAGCCAAAAAUUCUUCACAUAUAUUUGAGUCGGUAUAAUUUAGGGAUCACACUUUUAGUUAACGCAAUUUUUACUUGUUUCAUAAUUAAUUUAAUUUUCAUUAAUUUCUAAUUGUAAGAUGCGUUCUUUGUCACAUUCAUUUAGUACUGUUUUAACAGAAUACGUUUUUCGUGAUAUAUUUUUCAGAUGGAAUUUGGGAUUUGUUGACUAAAUAAUUAUUUUGACGAAAUAUUUUUGGGAUUUUUACCCAUCCCCGUUAAACAUGUUCAAUAUGUGUCUGCAUGGGAAGAACCGAAAGCAAGCGUUCAAAAAAUAAAUUUACAUAAAAUAACUAUAAUAAUAUACUAUAUAUAUUUUAUACAACAUAUUAUAUUCUGAAGAGUGAAUAAUAAAAAAGUGGUAUUUGUUCAGUGUCUAAAAACCAAAUGGAAAUAAACAGUUCCUAUUAGGUACUUUUAAAUAAGAAAGUACAAUUUGUUUCAAUUGCGAUUUGAUUUUGUUCUUAAAUAAUUAUGAUAAAAUUAUAUUUAUAAUUAUAAUAUAUUUAAAAAAAUACAUGUUUAAACAAAAAAAACGUAAAAAAAAAACCAAUACAAUGGUUUUUUUUAAAUCUUGCAUUUUGUUGUACAAUCACUGUUUACUGAAAAAUAAAGAAAACUGAUACAAUAGAAUUGAUAACGACGUUGUUGCUUUUGCGAAAACAAAACUCAUUUAUAAAUACAAUCACAAUUAUGAUUCGCUCUACAAUCGUAAUUACAAUAAAAAAGUGAUAAACAUAAACUUAUUUACUAUUAAAAUAAUUAAUAAUUAAUUUAUGUUAUAAUAAUGGCUACGAAAAAAAAAAACCCGUAUUAAUACUGGCUUCUUGUAUCAAUUAACAUAAAUUGUUGGAAAAUAAUUUGAUGGGAUUAUAUAGAUAAUUUUAGGAGGCUCUUCUAAUCUCCAAACUCAGUUCGUAAUUAUUUAUUUAGUUUAAUUUUGGUGGUAAUGGUUCAGGCACGGAUCCAGAACAAAGAUCUGGGGGGCCCAACUAUUUUUUACAACACAAAUACAACUAAAAUAUAAUACAUUAUGCAUAUUAUUUUCUCAUAUAAUUCUCAUACAAAAAUUAGAAAAAUAAUAUAUCUGAGAGGGGCCUGAGUUCCUAGGCUCUUCCUGGAUCCGUCCCUGUAAUGGUUAUUUUUUAAGUUUAAAUAUCUAACUCAAAUAAAUUAUAGAUUAUUUUAGAUAACGGUGCGUCGAUUAAUCCUGUGAUGAAAAUCAAAGGAGAACGUCUAACACCUCUAGAUGUAGCUCUAAGAAAAAACAAUGGACAUUUGGCCAAAUUCUUACACCUCUACGGGGGUAAACCAGCCAGUAAAUUAAUCAAAACGUUCUCUAAACAGCAAUCAACUGUACGCGUUAAAACUAAAAGGUUAGUUACUGCUAUAUUGUGCAUUUUUUUUUAAGAUUCUAAGAUUUUUUUAGGAGCGAGGAAUGUAUUGGUUUUACUUGGAUGUGUUUAUUUUUUUUUGUGUCUGUCUGUAUAUAACUUUUCUACCAAAUUUCUUGUUGCAAUCAAAACACGAAAAGCGAACUUUUUGUAACAUUAAGGAGGAUGUAUAUUAAGGAGGAGAUUUUCCAAACAGUUAUCAUAAUAAUAAUUGGAAAAAACUAGACAUUAUGAUAAUAUAUAAGAAAAACUAACAUAUAUUUUAAAUUGUUUUCAACUUUGUUUUUUUCCAGAAAUCUUUUUUGUUUCAAAUUUCAGUAGUAGUAUUAUCAUAGUAAAAUUAAUAGAUUCCUCGCUAAACUCCGAAUCUAAAAUAAAUACAACCAAUGGGGGAGGGGUUAACCCCCCAUGACCACCCUCCCGUGAGUACGCCUAUGAACUCUGGACUAUCGUCUCCUUUUUUUUCGUUUUAUCUCAAAUAGACAAUUUAAUCAGUGCUAUUAUUGUUUUUAAUCAAAUAAUUUUUAGAUCGGAAUCUCGAAGAAAUUCACAUUCGUCCGAUUCAAUAAGCCGAAAGUACCGUAAUGGCGUCAGUCGGAAAAAACAAGUCGUACAACGGAAGGGUGAAAGUCCGAAACCUAACAAGACAUCAAAGAGUCGUUUAGUUCAAGUAAAUAAAUUAUUUUUAGUAAUAUUAUUUUAACAGGUUUCCGUUUCUAUAUGAAACAUAAAAAUGUAGACAACUUUUAGAAAUAUUGAUCACGUCUCUAUAAUAUUAUAAUAGUUGCAGAACUUUUAAGAUUAUAACAUAAUUAUUUAAUGAAUUACGACGAAAUAAAUGAAAUUGAUUGUUUUAUGUACUGUUUUUUGAAGUAUUUUUAAUAAGAUUAGAAAGGCCAUUUAAAAAAAAUCAAUAAAUAACAUUUUUAAAAGUAUCGUGCGGUAUUAUACUUGGUCAAAUAAAAAUUGAUUUAGUUUUAUUGAUAUAUCAAUAAGCAAUAAUUAAUCAUAAUAAAUGGCUUCAAUUGUAUAAUAAAUUUUUGUUUUAAAAUUUGGAUUGUAAGUUUUUAAUCUCUAAUAUAAAUUUAUAAAACUAAUAAAAAGUAAAACUGUUUUCUCAAUCUUUAACGAAUAGAAUUUGUUGUCAUUACAUUAGUCUGUUGUGACUUAUCUAAAGUGAUCACGUCCUAAUCAGGCACGUAUUUUUUUUUAUUAUUUUUUUUUUUCAAUCCGUAGAUUGGUUGAAUAAUGAUAUAUUGUCCAUUUAUUCUCAUAAUUUCCCGGUCUUUCUGUUGGUUUUACUCGUAUUAUUCCAUUUACCACCUCGAAAAAUUUUUUGCUUGUUCCUUCCUGCUUAAGUUUUUCCAUACAUCAUUUUUACUUUGUCUCUUUUAGACUUUAGAUUUCUUGUAGAUUUUUUUAAAACAUAAUCUUGUUUCCAUUAUUAUCAGAUUAUGAUCUGAAUUUAUGUCUCCCCCUGGGUAGCUUUUACUUUGCUUUAACUGAUUUUUAUAUCUUUUUUUUUACUAGUAUGUAAUCCAACUGAUAUCUCCUCCUGGCAUGGUCCAAGUGUAUCUUCACCGUUUUUAUUGUGAGAAUAACGUGUUGAUGAUUAUCAUGUCCCUUUCCUUACAGAAUUCUUUAUUUUAUUUCUCGUUCCAAGUCUAAACUUUCCUAUUACUUCUGGUUCUGUUCCCUCGCCCACAACGGCAUUCCAAUCUUCCAAAAUUAUUAAAUUUUUUUUCUUUGCCAUUUUUAUUACUUCUGAAAUUUAUUCGAACAAUUCUUCGAUUACUUCAUCUUUGUGAUUAGAUGCUGGCAUGUAAAUCUGUAUUAUAAAUGUAUCUCUUUGCUUAGUUUCUAUUUUGAUACCUACGAUUCUUUCGUUAAAGUGGAUAAUACUCUUUAUCUUAUGACCAACGUAUUCGCAUGAAGUACCUAUACUCGGAUCUGUGUACACAACAUACCAGACACUAUGAACAUACAGGAAUUUUUUUUGGGGGGGUGGGGGAGUGUGCGCUUUUAUAAGUAAUAUAAAUCGUAAAAUUUAGUUAAAUUGUACCGUGUGCAUCGCUUUUAUAGAUGUAUGUUUUGUGUAGAAAGGUUUUUUUUUUUAAUUUUAGGUACACAUAAGAGCAGAUGUGAUGACCAAAACAAUAGGGAAAUCUAGAAGUGAUAAAAAGUCGUACUGCAGCAGCACGUUUCCGAAAACUUUUAAAAAAAAAUCAGCAUCCAUUAACGAGCCCAAAGAGUGUUUCAGCGAAAACGAUCUAUGUUAUGGCGAAGACUACGACUGUGAUUACGACUACGAUGAUGAAUACGAGGAUGACGUAGAUGAUGAUGACGAAGAAAAUUUGAACGAAAACGACGAGGAAUACGGUGACAGCUUAGACAGACAGCUGAAUGGCGGAAACAAGAGACGGAAUAUGAAUAGACUUCGUGGCAAUAGAACAGCGACGCAGUGCGUCAAACGCGAACUGAAGAUGACUAGUGAUGGACGUCGGCGACGUAUCAAUCGCGAUAAGGCAGCGAAGACUGCUGCCAACAAGGUGCAGGUGAUGACGGCCACCAACAACAAGCUUAAACAGGGAACAACAGCCGCUAAUAAGGCAGAGGUGACUAUUUCUAGCGUACCGACUGGUGUCGUCGAUGAUGGUAGCAACAAACAUGAAGACGAGCCAAAUAUAUCCCAUAUAGUUUGCUCAGACGAACACGACGCCGAGUGAGUUUCUGUUAUUAUAUUUUUUUUACACCUGAUUUUAAAAAUAUAUCCAAACAUGUUAAAAUCUUUAUAAUAAUUAUUUUUAAUAUGAUGCGCGCAGGCAACCGAAAACCACUACGGGAAACGUAUUGGAUACUGUAAAAGAAAGUGUAAACUUGACAUUUACUGACAACAUGAACAAGGAUGGCAGUGAUGGUGACAAUCAAAAUAUGCCGGAAGCCUAUGUACCGUCAAAUACGGUGGAACUCGAUCAAAAUGUAAACGAUUCGGUCAGUAGCCAACCAGAAGGGGGAUCCACGAAGAACGAUGAUAGCCACCUCACUCCGGCCACGGAAACGAACGGAAUAUCACUACAGCCAGCAUUGUUACAAUCGCAACCUCAGCUACCGCAAUCUCAGCUACCACAUCCGCAGCCAGAGCCAUCAACUGUGCAAACGAUAAUGAUCGAAGGUCCGCCGACAACGGUUACCAUUUCAAAAAGAACGCCAGCAGACAGAGUCCCUGUCAAACGGUCGGUGAGUAACGUGGACGGCAAAACGUCGACAGGCCGAUCUAUCAAUUGUAAGGCCAUAGUGGAAGUACUGGAUCGCGUGAACACGCCUCAACUGACACCUGUCAUGGUUGGCGGCGCUGCUGGAGAUAGGAACACCGAAGAAAUUGCAGGCAAAUUAACCGCGUUUAGUGUGUUACCGACCGAAGGUCGAGAUGAUGACAGAACUUGCGAGUGUCCAAACUGUCGCAAAAAAUCACUACAAUCGAUUUCGAGUAAGUGUUUAUUUACAAAUUACAAUUAUAAUAUUAAUUAAUCAAAUUUAAGUUUACGAAUACCAAAUGCAGGUGAUAUAUGUGUGUGAUUUUUCUUUCUAUGGUAUAAUACAAUUGUAUAAGGGUGAUUUUAAAAGGCGUGACAUUCAGUUAAAAAUUAAAUGUAUAAAGUGUUAACACUUAAUUUAAAAAAAAAAAAAUUGCCACCUGAUUAGCGAAAGAAGAUUGUCGAUACCGCAAAAAAAAGUUUUGAAUUUGUAUUAUUAUCUUUUAAUCUUUUUUAAACAAUCGUUGUCGUGAAAACACAUACUGUUUAAAAAGUAAUACUAUUGACCGAGCUCCGCUCAGAAUCGUUUUUCGUUAGCAAUUAUUAAUCGUAGCAUACCUACAGAUAAAAAUUAAAUUCCCUCUAUAUCCUACCUUCGCAAUUUCUCAUCUACAAUAGUGGCCCACCUGUAAUGCGAAGUAUGUCCGUCCAUUUUUUUGUUUUUUAUAUCCUAUAACAGGAGAACCUUUUCAGGUAAAUGAGUCAUUCAAAAAAAAAAAAAAAAAUGGAAAACCAUAAUUUUCUAAGAGCCACACUGGUUAACAUAAAAAAAAAAUAUAUACCGUAGUAUAAAAAACGACUAGUAUAUUUUACUAAGUAAUUUAAUUAGAAAUUGGUAGGCAUUAGUAACAUAAUAAUGUAUUCUUGGACUCUGAAUGAUGUCAUUACAAAGAAAAUUGAAGCUUUUGAGUAAUAACUGUAUAAAAGAAUACUAAUGAUACCAUGGACUGCCCGGAUUACCAACAUUGAAGUUCUUAGGAGGAUGAACAAGGACACUGAGCUCGUAAACAUCAUUAAAAUAAGAAAACUCCAAUAUCUAGAACGCAUAAUGAGGAAUAAGAUUAGGUAUUUUAUAUUUAAAUCCAUUUUACAAGAGAAAAUAUUUGGGAAAAGAAAACCUGGUAAAUAUAGAAUAUCAUGGCUUCAAAAUCUAAGGGUAUGGUUUGGAAAUAGCACAUCACAGUUUUUUUGCGUCGCAAUCGACAGAGAGAGUAUUGCUGGAAUGGUCACCAACAUUCGGAUUUGGAUAGGCACCUGAAGAAGAAGUGCUUUCCGUGUACUUUUUCACAGAUUCAAAAUGAUCAAGAUUUCCGCUAUCAAGAUCUUCUGCAUAAAGUUGAAGUUGUUGUUCGAAAGAAAGAACGGUUUCUAGUAGCACAUGUUCUGUAUUACCUAUAACUUGAAGCUUUUUAUUAUGAGUGAUUUAAAGAUGGAAGUCAAAUCUACAGAAAGAUACAAUUUUUGUAGCCACAUAUUAUUGCAUAAUUCGGGGUAGUUGAUGCCUUUAUUCGUUAGAAAAUGUUUUAUGUGUUCAAAACAAGCUAUAAAGCGCUUCAAAAUUGCCCUUAUCGAUAAUCAACAAAAAUUAAAAUUAUAUCUACUUUAUAAUUUAGAGAGGUCAUUUUUUUUAUUUUUCAAGUGGUAUUCAUAACAUUGGAAUAUCUGGGAAAAACUGUAGGUAAACCGGACAAUUUACGAAAUAAUAAUAAUAUUAUUUUCAAUUUAAUUUUUUUGUUGUGGUUCAGUUUUCAUAUCUAUCCCGACAAUGAAGAUGUGGGGAUUUCUUUUUAAAUUAUUGAUUUCAUAAUUUUUUUUUUAAUAUUCGUAUACUUGAUACUCAAAUAAUUAGUUUUUAACAAACCAAAUAUAAAUUUUGAAUGGGUAAAAAUUCUUGAUGUGGGAUAACGCUAUAGGGGAAUGUAAAGUCAAAGCCUACCCACUUCCCAUCUAUUUGUUCUCAUUCAAUUCUGACACUACCAAAACCAAAAAUGAAUGAGGCUUAAAUAAUAAUAUAAUACAAAUUAAUAAUAGUACGAAUUGGCACAGGCAACGCCGGGUGCGGGACAGCUAAUUAUAGAUAUAACUAACUAGUGAUAGCAAUGGCUAUUGCUGAAUAGUGCAUCUUGUAAUAAAUUUAAGCAUAAUUGUAUUAAUGUUUCGUUUAUAGAAAAAAAUAAAAGCCGCAUUCCCCGAUUGAAUAACUAUUGUAGUCUAGCGCCAACUUCCGAUCUAAAUACCAUGUCCGUUACCAAAGCUGUUCAACUGAGUAGUAGAAAGUAAGUGACUUAAAAGUUGUUGCAAAAACGUAUUAUAAUUAUAUAAAACUAAUAACUAGGCCCUAACUUUGUUUAUAGAAACUUAUUUCAAAGUGAUAUUUGAAUAUAUAUUAAAUACACCCCUUUAUCAGUAGAGUUACGUCUGUUAGUAUAUUAUAGAAAUAUUCUCUGUAUUCUGUAAAACAAUAGAAAAUAAUCGAAAGUCAUAAAAAUACGUAAUACUAUACUAUCAGAUGAUCCAUUUAAGUUGGUACAUUCAUUAUCUCAAAAAGUAUAAACUUUUUUCGAAAUUUGUUUUCUAGAACAUUUAAGAAAUAAGCAGCUCUACAAUUUUAUAUUUAUGUUAUUUUUGGGGGUAAAAUCACUAACUACUUUUAAUUUUCAAAUGGCAACUUAUAUUAAAAAAUCCAUAAAUAGAUGGAAUAUUAGUUAAAAUAAAUUUUAGUGUAAAAAUAUUUUAUUUGUGAAACGGUAUGGUGUGCAGCAUAUUAAUAAUGCAACACUACUCUCCUUCAACCCAAACUUAAAAGUGGAAUAUCUCGUCAAUGGUUUGAUAGAAAUGAAAAAUUACAACUCUAAACUCUUUUAACUAAUACUCCAUCUAUUUAUGGACUUUUUAAUAUAAGUUGUCAUUUGAAAAUCAAAAGUAAGUAGUUGUUUUACCCCCAAAAAUAACAUAAAUAUAAAAUUGUAGAACAGCUUGUUUCUUAAAUGUUCUAGAAAACAAAUUCCGGAAAAAGUUAAUACUUUCCGAGAUAAUGUGUGUACCUACUUAAAUGAAUCACCUUGUAUAUACUGAGUUUUUAUGAACUACUUAUAUUCUCGGAUGAUUCUAAAAAAAAAUUUUUUUUAUUCAUUAUCGAAUUGUUUAAGCUUUAUUUUAACUUUAAUUAUUCACCUCAACUCCCUGAAAAUACCUGAAAGGUAUACGCUUUAAAUUUUAAAUUAGUAACCCUCCUUUCAGUGCCGGCCCUAGGGGGCAAGCGUUGUGGCCACACCGGGCUUGUGCGGAGCUCCAAAAAUUAUGUAUUCCGAAUAUCACUUCAUCUAUAAAAAAUCAUCAUAAUAUUGUCCCAAUAGUAAUCAAAUUUCGAUCCAUAUGCUGUGUAGCCGUAUGUUUUUCGUGGGACACGGGUUUUUAUUUACGAAAAUCAAGGUGGUAUUAUACAUAGCUAAUAAAAAUAUUAAUGAAUAAAAUAUUGUUUGUACCUAUUCAUUUUGUGUCUAAUAUAGAAAUACAAAUUUGAUUUAAUUAGUUUAUAUUAUGUAGGUAUACACAUUUAGAUUUCUAACAAGACCUUAAAGUUUAUACGACUGUAUGAAAAUAAAGUAAGUCCGUUAGAAAAUUAAAUAAAUAAAUAUAGAUAUAUUUAUAUCUAUAUAUGGAGCCCCGCGAAAUUCUGCAACGGGUCCCGAUCUAUCGGGCCGGUACUGUCUCCUUUUUAAACACAGAGUCAAUUUGAUAGAGAAUAUUUUUCUGACAAUUUUGAUAUAAAUUUUAAUAACAUUGGAUCUAUCGUUUAUAGGUUAUAACAGUUUAAAAUUUAGAUAAGAUAAGUAGGAAUGUGUAUAUUAUAUUUCCAAAAUACAGUAAAAUUUUAGUAAAAAAAUGAUAGGGACAAGAGUUUAAAGUUGAAACCCCAUAUAAGACAACAAUAAUGCAAUACACCUACAUUCGGUACUGAAGGCCUCGCCGGCAAUUGACAUAUGAUUAAGCACCAUGUCCAAUCUAAUCAUGUAAUAUUGAUUUUACGGAAAGGGGGUCCUAAUUCGAAUUGCACUUUUGGUUGAAAAAUAUAAUAUACGUGAAUACAAUUUUAAAUUAUAAUAAUAAAAUCUAUGGAUUUCAACAAAAAUCAUGGUGCCUAUAAAAUAUUAAUUUCAAUUUUACUCAGUAGGCAGUAGCAUCCCAAUUAUAUGGUUCAAAUUAUAUUAGGCCACUCUAUAUUUUGAUUUUUUAUAUUAUCUCAUUUAUUGUUACUUAUCAUUAUACAUCUCGUAUAUGCUAUAUAUAUAUUAAAAAAAAUUGAUCUGUGCAUAUUAAAAAAAGGCUUCAUAUAGAUAAGGCCUCAUUGGCCAGUCUAUUAUAGUGUAGAAGUCAGUUCAACCCUGUCUAUUACAGGGGAAAAUUUGACAAAAAUUGAAAUAUUUAAACUAGCAUUUUUUGUAAAUUAAUAAGUAGGUAGGUACACGUAAUGCAAUUUUACUGCUGUAUAAUAUAAUAACUAAAGAUUACAUAAUAGGUAUGGAUUUUUUACCAUUGAACAUCGUUAUAAAAAACAAUAUCUACAUUUUUAUUUGUACGAAAUAAAAUGAACCCACUAUUUUUGUCAUCGUAUAGAUAUCACUUGGAAAGGUUGAUUUUUUAUCAACUUUCUGAACUAAAACGACUACAAAUUAGAGCGGGUAAGUCCGAUGAACGAGUACUGGUUAAACGAUUGGUCGAAGAAUACGGCCGUACAGGUUUAUUUACUGGCUUGAAAAGAUACGAUGGACCGUUUUCCUUCAAACGCUUUGAAAAAUAUUUGUACGGUAAGUUAGUUUAAAGUAAGUAACGGUGAGUUUAAAAUGUUUAGAUCACCAAAAAUACAUAGGAAUGUUGCUUUCUAAUAUAAAUAGACAUUUUCAUUUAAUUCAAUGUGCUUAUUGUUACGUUAACAACUGUAGGUUGGCUAAUAUGAAGUCAGGGUUUUAAUAAGUGGUACAAAAUUUUAAAGGAACUUAAAUGUGAUUGUAUAGGUUCAAGAAAUAAUAAUAAUACUAAAUAUUUUCAAACUAUAAAUCCGACAAAUAUUUUGUUUUAUUUUUAUUAUUUCUAGAAACUUUAAAUUUAUGGUGAAAUUCGCCCAUAACAUUUGAAAUUAUCAUGCAACUAAUAUUUAUUAUCUACCUACCUACAACCUACAAGUUACAAAAAAAUGUAUUCUCUCAGUAGAACUUUCUCCAGCUGUGUUAAAAUGAACAAUAUAUUAUCAAUAAAAUAACUUUCGAUACAACUUAAUUCUAGACACAAGGGGACCGAAAGUUCCCUUGUACGUCCUUCUCUCUCACCCAUGUGUCUAAACACUGUAUUAUAUUUUCAGAACUAUUCGUGUCGUGCGUGUCUGUUAAACUCGUGUUUGUAUUUCCAAGUAAACAUUUCCAAUUUAAACGUUGUUUUAUGCUAAGUCGACUUUUUCGCUAUAAUUCAGCAUUUACUCAUAUUAUUGACAACAAAACUGCCUUGUACACUUAUAUAGGUAUAUUAACCGUGCAGUAGGUUUUUUUUAUAUCUAUCUAAACUUGCACGUAAUGUUUAUAUCGAUUGUUAAAAAGUACAAGAGACUUUCAAGAAGUACCGUAGUUAUAAUAUUUCAUGUCAAAGGUUAUUAUAAAAAAAAGUGAAAAUAUCAAUAUGGGACAGUAAUGUAUUUUAGAUUCUGAAUUUUGAGUGUAACGAACAAACUUUAUAUUAGUUUCACCAUUGAUUUUAUGAUAGAUUACAUUAUAUUAGUCUACAAUACGAUAACUGGAGAGGAAGUCUAGGGAUCCGGUCUCACCUUCGAAAAUAAACGAAUUUUUAGCAGUGAAUAUCGACUAUUCACUAUAUUGUUAUAAGAAAAAUUGUAAAUUUUGUUAAAGCACUACCUCGAAAUAAGAUAAAAUUUAACGUUUUAUGUCAAAAAAUAUGUAACAUGAUUAGGUUAUUGCCAAUAGGUAACAAAAGAGAAUAUGAUGUUAUUUCCAUCUGAUAAUCUGAACUUGGACAAAAUGUCGGACACAGAAAAUUUAAAUUAUUUAAUGAGGUAGCAAUAUUAUAUUACUAUCUAACGCUCUUUUCACUACUGUCUGCUUAUAUACAUGAAGUGAACUUGUGAUUUAUGAAAUUACAAAUACAAAAUUAUUUUACGAAACGUCAAAAGUUAUGUUAAAUAUUUAAUAUAAGAUUCGGUAUAUUUUUACAGUUAAAGUGUUAGUAAAUGUUUUUACUAACCUAUUACAAAACCAAUUUGGUCAUACCAUAUCUUAGAAAAUGCGCGUUUUCCUCAUAACUGUACUUUAUUCUAAACUAUUUCGAAUAUUUUUUCUAUAAACUAUUUUUUUUUAUAUUUUUCGAAAUUUCAAACAGAUACCUUAUUUAUCAUUGCUAAAUAAACUAAAUUAUCUUAUAUCUUAUAACCUUCUCAAUUUUCCAUCUAAAACAGUAACUUACCUGAGUAAGUUUGACUUUUACUGCAUAUCUAUAAUAGAUCUGCAAAGAUGUUUAAAAUAAUGGAAUGUUGACCUGCAUGUUAGAUAUUAUUUAUAUUUGAAAUGCAGUCGAUAAACCGUACAUCCGUGUACCCACAUAUAAUUUACACAAUUAGGUACAUUUACCGAUACAGAAUUAAUAUAAAAUUAAUUAUACUAAAUUACUUUUGUUUUUCACAGAUCAAUUGCUCGUAUUGCAAAAAUCAUUAACCGAUGGGAAAACUGUGAUUCCUGCAGUGCAACCUAUCGAUGAAGUCGAAAAGUUGACUGGAGCUUUGCGCCGAAUUAACGUUGGUAAAACUGUGCUGGAAAAUCCAAACGAUUAUUGUUUCCUGUGUACUCAAACCACAAAUAGGUGUUUUCACGCCACUCACGCGUACACAGGCAUACCUUGUGCUGCAUAUAGUGAGUAGAUGUUACCUACAGUUUCCCUAUUAUGUGGACAGAAAUACGAUUGAAAACGGUCAUUAUCGCCGAUAUUUUUCUUAGACCAUUUAGACUAUUACGAUUGAGAACGUUCAGUUUUUAUAAUUCUACGCAACGUUGCCAAAUAUGUACAAAUUUUAAAAUUCAACCAUUAGGUAAUCAAAAAUAUGUAUAUUUUGAUUCAAUUCAUUUUUUGUAUCGUAAU